AUGAGUCAGAGGCGGGCUUGCACUCGCAACUCUGGAGAUCUCAAGAGCACUCUCCACUGCUGUGAGAUUUGCAACAAGGAUUUCACUGAGCAAAGUUAUCUAGUAAGGCACAUAAGAGUACAUAUAAAGGAAAAGCGAUACAGCUGUGAGCUUUGCAACAAAAUCUUCCCUAAGAAAAGUCUAAUAAGGCACAGAAGAGUCCAUACAAAUGAGAAGCCAUACAGCUGUAAGAUUUGCAGCAAGGCCUUCUCUCAGACAAGUCAUGUAGUAGGGCACAUGAGACACACUGGAGGACACUCGCCAAGAGAAGCCACACAGUGUCAGUUGACUGGGGCCCCCAGUGCCCUAGUGUGUAUUAUGGAGUAG